CCGGUCCUCCAGAGACAUGAGGGAAGUUUCUCACUUCAUCUUAUUAAAGCCAAAAUAAACACGCAGCGCACGGCAGCGAGCCUGAAGGAUAAACGGAGGCCGAAACACCGAGAGACGCCUGGAUUAUAUUUCAGAGAGCUGACUCCAGACCGGCGCACAGAUGAGCAACAGCAGAUGACGUUGAUGAGGUCCAGCCGCCUGAUGAAAGAGGAGUGAAAGCUUCACCUCCUCUCGUUGCACUCGUCUGAAGAGGCGUCCACUCGGCCCGCCUCACUUUGUCACCGAUUCCUCUCUGAGUUGGUCCCUGAAAGCGUUUCAAAACUGUUUCUCCAACGCUUCUUCCAGAAACUUGGACUGUUUUCCGCAGCAGAAGCAGCACAGCCCUCCCAGACUGAGGUGAUGGGAAGCGUGCGAGCCAGCCGCUACAGCAUUGUGUCAUCAGAGGAGGACGGCAUGAAGCUUGCCACUAUGGCAGUACCCAACGGCUACGGCAACGGCAAGGGCAAAGUGCACACGAGGCACCAGCCGCCGAGCAGAUUCGUAAAGAAGGACGGUCACUGCAAUGUGCAGUUCAUCAACGUGAGCGAGAGAGGUCAGCGGUACCUGGCUGACAUCUUUACCACCUGCGUGGACAUCCGCUGGAGGUGGAUGUUCAUCAUCUUCUGCCUCGCCUUCCUGCUGUCGUGGCUGUUCUUCGGCUGCGUCUUCUGGCUGGUCGCCAUCUUUCACGGGGAUUUAGAGAACAACGCCCAGAAGUGUGUCUCCAACGUCAGCAGCUUCACCGCUGCCUUCCUCUUCUCCAUUGAGACUCAAACUACUAUCGGUUACGGCUACAGAUACGUGACAGACGAGUGCCCCGUCGCCGUCUUCAUGGUGGUUUUCCAAAGCAUCGUCGGUUGCAUCAUUGAUGCCUUCAUCAUUGGUGCCGUCAUGGCGAAAAUGGCGAAGCCCAAGAAGAGGAAUGAAACUCUGCUUUUCAGCCACAACGCCACAGUGGCCAUGAGGGACAACAAGCUGUGCCUGAUGUGGCGAGUUGGUAACUUAAGGAAGAGCCACCUGGUGGAGGCUCAUGUACGAGCUCAGCUGCUGAAAUCCAGAACAACGCCGGAGGGGGAGUACAUCCCCCUCGACCAGAUGGACAUCAAUGUCGGCUUCGACAGCGGAGUCGACCGCAUCUUCCUCGUCUCUCCGAUCACCAUCGUCCAUGAGAUCGACGAUAGCAGUCCUUUCUACAACAUGAGUAAGCAGGACCUGGAGAGCUCAGAGUUUGAAAUCGUGGUGAUCCUGGAGGGCAUGGUGGAGGCGACAGCCAUGACCACGCAGUGCCGCAGCUCCUACGUUGCAAGUGAGAUCCUCUGGGGCCACCGGUUCGAGCCGGUGCUCUUCGAGGAGAAGAACUUCUACAAGGUGGACUACUCCCGUUUCCAUAAGACAUACGAGGUUCCCAGCACUCCUCUGUGCAGCGCCAGAGACCUCGCAGAGAAAAAAUACAUCCUCUCCAACUCCAACUCCUUCUGCUAUGAAAACGAGAUGGCACUGGAGAACAAGGAGGACACGGACGAGGGGAACGGGGGCAGCGUUGGGCCCGACGGCACCCAGACGGACAACAUCUCAGAGACCGAACACAGCCAGGCCACGGUGCCGCUGGAGCCUCGGCCGCUGAGACGAGAGUCAGAAAUAUGACUGUUGAGACCUCAGACCUCACGUGAGAGAUUUCUUAAGAAUCGCCUCUCUGCUCUGAGAGGCUCAGCGAGCCGAGCUGGGCCUCGGGCAGAGGACAAGCCGAACGGUACUGCUGUGGGAAGCGACGAGGUUUAAGACUUUGUAUGUAAAAGUCUGCUUGAACUUUGACUACAUACAGUAUGACAAAACACAGCGCUAUGAACCACGUGCAUAUUUGCAGAUUGAAUUCUCCAUGAAGUCCCCAUGAAUGUGUGCUCAGUGUCUGACGACUGCAAAGAGGAAGGAGGUUGUUGUUGACUUGAAAACUGCCGGCAUGUCUCAGUUGCUCUGUCCAGCCAGAAGAAGAUGCUUUUAUAGUGCUGCUAGUAGAUAGUGGAAAAAGCCUUUAAAUAAAGACGCUUUAGUUUUUCAUAUAGAACCAAAGAGUAAAGAAUGCAGGUGUCUGGAACAAAGAAGGUACAAGUAGAGUAUUUGUUCAUGAGCUGGUCUCAUCGCCGACAUCAUGCAAUAACCGAUAGAGAAACUUUACUUUGCCUUGACAGCACUGAUUCCCUGAGCUUUCUCCUCUAGUCGAGGCUGGUCAGACUGAUGGAAACAUGCCUGCUUAGGUCGAGAGGUCAGAGCAGGGUAGUAUUAACGACAUCAAACUGACAGAAAUCACUCAUUUAAACCGAGACCGGGGUGAGAUGAGAAUCUGAGCGCCUGAUUCGGAUGUUAUUGUCACACAUCGUUCCUUUACAUAUGGGACGUUCUACAUCUUCAACUAUUAAUUAAAUCAGCAACUAUUUUGAUCAUGGAUAGUUGGUUUGGGUGGUUUUAUCUUUGGUUCCAGCUUGUUAAAUGUGAAUAUUUUCUGGUUUUGGUCCAACUCAGUGACUGUAAACUGAAUAUCUUUGGGUUGUGCACAAGACAAUUGCCUCCUUGGGCCAAUAGCUGGACCAAUCAAUCAAUUAAUUGAGAAAAUAAUGGUUAUGUGGAGUCCUACUAAACAGCAACUGAAAAUGUGAGUGUCAUAAUGAGACUCAAGUGAGAAAAUGAAACUAUAGUUGUGGUCUGACAUGCGACUCAAAUUGAAAGUCUGCACAAAAUCUCGACUUCGUUCCUCUUUAAGGGUUCAUCACGAGGUGACUCGAACCUCCCUGCUGAUUUAAAUAUAUCUAUCUAAUGGAACGAUUUGUGAAAAUAACGCUGAUGAAAUCCAAAAACAGGCGAUCUGAAUGUUCUUAAAAGUGCUGCUAUGAUGUUGCUCCUCCUUCUUUUCCUUUUGCUUUUUUUUUUUUUACGGUUGAUAAAAAAUGCCAAAGAGUAUUAUUAUCAUAGUUAUGUGUUUCUUAAAAACAACACCUGAUUAGAUUUGGUACAGAGAAGUAGAACGUUUAGGGAGUUUUAAUAAGGUUUGUUUUGCAAGAACGUGUGUACAGUUUCUCUUUCUUCUUCUUUUAGUUUUUUUUUAAUCAUUUUUAUCUCGAGCCAAUUCAUCAAGCCUUAAUCUGGACACUCCAAAGUGUAAAAAAGCAAACAGAAAUCACGACUUCUGUGGCAUUUGAUGAGUAGCCUGAACCAAAAAGUGAUUUCUGAUGCUGGUUUUAAAGGUUUUAAACUUACAUCAAAGUAAAGCCAUGCUCCCUUUGCUCUGAGUUUUCAUCCUCUGCUUUUGUUUUUUACCUGAGAAUGUAAGAUUUCAAAAAGCCAAAUGUACUGUAACCCCGGCAUACAAAGGCACAACGGUUUGCAUCAAUAUAUUUCUGUGUCUUUUUGUUUUUAAAACCUGCAGACGUAAAGCCGCUCAGCUCCAUAGAUCCUACUCCUGUAAAUACCUCCCUGCCUCCCUGUUGCAGUAAAUUUUGUAUCAGUCUUCCAAAUGUACUGCAAAACCACGGAAUGUACAGAUUUUUGUAUUAUUAUUAUUAUUAUUAUUAUUAUUGUACAUGAUAUUAUAUUGUUCUUUUUCAAUAAAAUGUCAGUGGACAAUCGGAA